AUGCUUAAUAUCUACUAUCAGAAUUUCCGUGGUAUAAAUACAAAACUGGACGAUAUUCGUUUGGCAACCUUGCGAACUAAUUAUGAUUUGAUAGUCGCAACUGAAACCUGGCUGAAUGAAUCGGUUAUGGACAGUGAGCUGUUUAGUGAAGAUUUCAAUAUUUACAGAAGAGAUCGUCAAUCGACCAAACUCUCAACUAAACGCGGUGGCGGCGUCCUAUUUGCAGUUUCUAAGAAAUACAUAUCACGCCGAAUUGAACACUAUGAAAGUGCACAUGAAGAUUUGUGGAUUAAUAUUAAACUGAACAACAGCGGAAUGUCAAAAAACAUAUUAGUCUGCGUACUAUAUUUACCACCGCCUGUAGUGCCUAAUACUUUAAAUUUAAUAUUAGAUAACAUAAGUUCCAAUUUGCAAUCAUACCAAGGUGAAGUGUUAAUUUUGGGUGAUUUCAACCUAGGCUUUACAGACUGGUCUUGUGAUAUUAAUAACUGUAAUUCAGUCACUCCUCGUAAUUAUGGUAACUUACUAGGGUACGCAUUAAUUGACUUUAUUUCACUCCACAAUCUCACUCAAUACAACUGCAUACGUAAUGACAAUGGACGCGUCUUAGACCUGGUGCUAGCAAACUUUGACAAUAUUAAAGUAUCUAAAUCCCUUGACGUGCUUAGUAAGCUCGACCCUCAUCAUCCACCUCUAGACGUUGAAAUUAUACAACAAUCCAAUAGUUGUCUAAACUCUAUACCGUUCGCUACACAUGCCUUUAAAAAAGCAGAUUACAAUAAAGUGAACUCCGAACUGAGACGCAUCGAUUGGGUUUUCGAAUUCCGUUGCAGUAAUGAUGUUAAUGUCAUGGUCGAAACAUUUUAUCGUAUAAUUAACAAAGUUACCACCACUAACAACGACACCACUAUUCCUAAACUUAGGCCAAAGACUAAGAGGCAUCCUGUUUGGUUUACACAUAGCCUAAUAAAAUUGAUAAGAGAGAAAGAAAACAUUAGACGACGACUAAAAACGUAUAAUAAUCCUAGAGACAAGUUGGAACUCUCACUUGCCAAAUCAAGGACUGAGUCCUUAAUGAAUGCUUGUUUUAGUGAGUAUAUUUCUGAUACCGAAAAAUCCAUUGCACGAAAUCCUAAAAAAACUUUGGUCGUAUGUGAAAAAGCGCAAAGAGUCUACCUC